GCUUAGGUGCCUUGCAGUCUCCUAUAUGUGACAGGCAAGUGGCUCAAACUUGUUUCUCCUCUUUCUCUCUCUUCAGGAAGGCACUGCGACGACACCGUGUCUGACUUUUAUCCCCGUUCUUCUUACUUGAAAUCCGGCAAAAAGAAGACAAAAUGCCGAAACCGAUCAACAUCAAUGUCAACACCUUGGACUCGGAGCUGGAGUUUGCCGUCCUGCCUGCUGCCACCGGCCAAGUUGUGUUUGACCAGGUGGUGAAAACAAUUGGUAUACGUGAAAUCUGGUACUUUGGACUUCAGUACAUGGAUGGAAAAGGUUAUUUAACCUGGCUCAAAAUGGACAAAAAGGUGACACAACAGGACGUGAGGAAGGACAACCCGCUGCACUUUAAGUUCCGGGCCAAGUACUUUCCCGAAGAAGUGACCGAGGAGCUCAUCCAGGAUUCCACGCAGAAGCUCUUCUUCAUGCAGGUGAAGGAGAACAUCCUGGCCGACGAGGUUUACUGUCCGCCCGAAACGGCGGUGCUGCUGGCCUCCUACUCCGUCCAGGCCAAGUACGGGGACUACAACAAAGGAGCCCACCGGCCCGGCUACCUCUCUUCUGAACGUCUGCUUCCACACAGAGUUCUGGAGCAGCACCAGUUGUCCCAAGACCAGUGGGAGGAAAGGAUUCAGGUGUGGCACGAGGAGCACCGCGGGAUGCUAAAGGAGGACGCCAUCAUGGAGUACCUGAAAAUCGCUCAGGACCUGGAAAUGUACGGCGUCAACUACUUUGACAUCAAGAACAAGAAGGGCACCAUGCUGUGGCUGGGAGUGGACGCACUGGGACUCAAUAUCUACGAGAAGGAAGACAGAUUGACCCCAAAGAUCGGCUUUCCCUGGAGUGAGAUCAAAAACAUCUCUUUCAAUGACAAAAAGUUCACCAUCAAGCCCAUCGACAAAAGAUCACCGGACUUUGUGUUCUAUUCGCCGAGACUGCGCAUCAACAAACGCAUCCUGCAGCUGUGCAUAGGCAACCAUGAUCACUACAUCGGUCGACGUAGGCCCGACUCCAUCGAGGUGCAGCAGAUGAAGAAUCAGGCCAGAGAGGAUAAGCUACAGAAACAGAAGGAAAGAGCACAGCUGGAUCGUGAGAAGAAGAGGAGGGAGCUCAUCGAGAGAGAGAAGGAAAUGAUUGAGCAGGAGAAGAAGGACAUGAUGUUGAGGCUCCACCAGUUUGAGGAGAAGACCAAGAAGACAGAGAGAGAUCUGCAGGAACAGACACAGAGAGCCAUGGUGCUGGAGCAGGAGCGUGUGAAAGCCCACCAGGAGGCCGCUCGCCUGGAGUCCGAGCGCCAGGCUGCCCUCCUGGCUAAAGAGGCACUGGCUCGCCAUGCCCACAGUCAGAUGAAGGGGCAAGAGGAGCUGGCUUCAGAGCUGAGGGAGCACACAGCCAGGAUCACCCUGCUGGAGGAGGCCAGGAAGCGCAAGGAGAGCGAGGCGGACACAUGGCAGCAAAGGGCCAAAGAGGCCCAGGAGGAUCUGAUGAAGACCAAGGAAGAACUCCACAAGGUGAUGAUGACGGCGCCGCUGCCUCUGCCAUCGCUGCCUCCGCCUCCGCCUCCACCACCUGGCACGUACGACCAACCCUACGAGUACAACAGCGACAGCGAGGGUAGCAACAGCUUGCAGGAGAGCACCGGCGUGCACCAGAGAAACAGCAUGCACGACAACAGCACCGGCAUGUACCAGAGAAACAGCAUGCACGACAACAGCACCGGCAUGUACCAGAGAAACAGCAUGCACGACAACAGCAGCGGCACGUACGACGGCAGCGGCAUGUACUUGGGAGGCGGCAUGCAGCAGAGAAACAGCAUGCAUGACGACGGCAGCGGCAUGUACCAGGGAGGCGGCAUGCAGCGGAGAGACAGCAGCACCAUGUUCGACAGCGGCAUGUACCAGAGAGGCGGCAUGCACAACAGCAGCAGCAGCAGCAGCAUGCACGAGGGAAGCAGCAUGCUCAGCGCCGACCUGAACUUCGAAGGCAUAAAUGAUCACCGCAAGGAGGAGACCCGCCUGACUGAGGCCCAGAAGAACGAACGUGUUCAGAAACAGCUGAGGGCGCUGACCGCCGAGCUGGCCCACGCCCGGGACGAUUCCAAGAACACCAAGAACGACCUCCUCCACUCCGAGAACGUGCGGGCCGGCCGAGACAAGUACAAAACCCUGCGGCAGAUCCGGCAGGGCAACACCAAGCAAAGGAUCGACGAGUUCGAAGCCUUAUAAAUAAAGGUACCCGGGACUCGUACUUGUAACCCUUCCUGCUUGCUCAAACUGCUUUAUCUUCUUUGUGUGACUGAGUCCACUCCACCGAGUCACAAAAUCGCAGCGAGCACUCAGAAGGGGCGACACAAUGAACGUCGUCGUGUUUCAUUCAGUAAAUUCACGGCCAGUUUGAAUAUUUAUAAAGUACAGGGGACAUUAACUAAAGGGGAUGUCAUUUGGUUUGUAUAUUUCUGCAACUUAAUGAUGGCAAUUUAUAUCAAUGUAUAUCGAAAACAUGUUCCUCGCUUUUACUUUCAGAUCAGUAGAUGAUGUGGAAUUGUAAAUUAUUGCGCCGCUGUUUUUUAAAUGUAUCAUAAUAGACACAACAGGCCGUUACAUGACAUAGUACACUUGGCUGACAUCAGGAGGCAGAGAGUCUCUUUGUGGCGUUUGUUGUCGGCAAAAAUCCCCCAAAACCCUUUUUUUUUUUUUAAGCGAGAGGUGCCGGAAGGGAAUGUUUUUAAAAUAUUUGAAUUCAGCAGCAACAAUAGCCAACAAAUACUGGAACAGACAUGAAUGUUUUGUAUUUGAACGCACAUUUUGCCAAUAAAAACAACAUGAUUAUGCAUCAGA